CGAAAUAAGUUCUUUAGCAACAUUGAAUUUCAAUCAUACAAUUCUGUUUAUUCUCUUGUUGGACAGCUGUUAUAUCUGUUUUAACAUAAGAUUGAUGGCACUGCGGAAUUUAACAGAUUAAAUUAUGUAUUUCAAUACCGGCAGUUUCAUUUUUCGAAUGUUUUAGGUUUUAGCAAUUCUUAUUAGUGCUUUGCACAUUAUGGAUUGCGAGAAAUAAAGUACAUGUACUCUAGGACAUAAUAAAAUGGUUUUUAUUGUCUACAACUGCAACUGUCUAUUUCUGUAAGUAUUUUAUUGCUGGUACGAUAAUUCAUCCGAUAAAUAUAUAAGUUAAUAAAUAAUAAAUUAUCGUUUGGUUUUCCGACGCGAAAAAAAAUCCCUUGAGGACGUUAAUUUAUUGUAUGUUGUGGUCUAGUGGCCUACCUGUGGAUAUUGGUGGAGUGACACCUACCUGUAGUUAUUUUGCAAUAUAUCGGAAAUCCCUUUGAAUUGAACAGAUUUCAUUGAACCUUUUAUCUCUUCUGAAAUGUUAGCUCAGGAUUUCACGAGCCAUUUGGAGAAAGAUAAAAAACGGUUUAUAUCGGAAACUGACGCGGAUUUAUGAAGAAAAGUGAACGUAUUCAGAAAACUUGUUACGGGGAACAUAGAAUCAGUACGGACAUUUUACAAAUAUUUGGAUACAUUAAACAGCCAAAAUUUGUGAUCUGCAGAUGAAAAUGUUUGGAAAAAUGAUGUUUGCUUAAAUUUCUGUGGUGAAAUUUAAAAGUUUAAUAAUAAAACAAUUAAAAAAAUCAAACAGAAUGUUUAACAGGCUUAAAGACCGCGCUAAAAUAACAGAUCAAGAUCCUACAUUUAAAGCGAGAUAUGUUGGGAGUACAGAAACUUUCACUGCUUCUGGUCGAGGCUGCACGACGCCCCUCGUGCAAAAACUCUGGGAUAAUUCGGAAGAAGAACGUUACCUCAAGCGCGUGCAAAUAAAAAUAACUGUUUCCGGAAUUCAUCUGAAAAAUUUAGAUAAAAAGAAAGAACCUGAAAAAUUGUUUCCUAUUGAAAAUAUUUCGUUCUGCAAUGUUGACACUUUGGUGAACGAGAAAUUGUUUUCUUGGAUUUGUAGUGACAACGAUACCAAGAUGCUUCAGUGUCACGCAGUCAUUUGUAGCAGUGGAGAAAAAGCUAAAGCCAUGUCAAUCGUGCUGUCACGUGCAUUUCAAAUUGCAUACAAGGAAUGGAAAUCUUCUCAGAUCAAAGUGAGGCGUCAAAGUGAGAAAUAUCACAGGUCGCAGUCGCUGCCAGCUUUAAGUCUUAAUAAAAAGGCGGGCGAGCAUCGUGUUUUAACCAAGCAGCAGAGUACUGGACCUUCUAUGAGCAAUGGAAUAAGCAGCGUUAGUACGGACACUGACAUAGUGACGUCAUCAGAGACGCCAUUAUCAACGGAACCGGUAACAAAAUUCUGAUGAAACUGGAAUACAGGCUAUAAUGUGUGUUAAGUUACAAAUUCUUCAUGACAUUGGUUGAGGAUUUAUAGUUCACACGUAAACACGUGUGAUGCCGUCCAGUAGAACUAAUGUUAUUCUUAUCGGAUCUAUAAUUAUCGUAUUAAAAUACACGUUUCUUGAUAUACACGUAGGCCUACCGAGUGUCUUGUCCAUCUGUGGUUAAAACUAUUGUCCGAAAUCUAAAGGAUUGGUGGUCAAUUAUUGACUGGCAAGUCAUUUAAUUUAAGUGUUUUAUUACAUGACAUCAAAAUUGAACUUUUACAAUUUUGUUUUUAAAUGUUUGAUUUAUUGUGUUUAUAAGCUGGUCAUAUUGUACAAAUUAUGGACUGACCAUUUAUAUAAGGAAACGUGUGAUAAUACAGAAUAUCCCAUGGCAACAGACACAGAGACAUCAAAAAUUAUGCAUGGGUUCAGCGAUUAUACCUUUUUUUUAAUACCCAGUUUCAUGUUUUACAGUUCAGGCACUUUAGGGAUAAUGAGAUCGAUUGCUCUUAUGGAAUAUAAAUUCUAGUGAGAAAUUUGUAUGUAUAUAAUGCGCUCAUCUAUAAAAUUUGUAUGUACAUGGCGUUACGGUUAAUACAUAUUUUAUUACCCUUAUCAGCAAGAUCUAAAUAAAUCAAUAUAGAG